AUGACCCAAGAGUUGCGGGUGCAUUUACUCCAAUUGGACAUCACGGCUUGGACAUCUUUGGGUUCACUUCCUGGCUGCAUUGCCCUUUAUGUUGGCAUGCCUGUCAUUUUGUGGUCAAGAAAUUUAUGCACAGAUCUUGGAGUGGCAAAUGGCUCACAGGGGAUCGUACGGGGCCUCUACACUAACAUCUGUGAGUUUGGUUUCACUUACUGCACUUGUGCACUUGUAGAAUUUCCCUCCAGUCAAGUCUCUAUCCCAGGUCUGCUGGGCAGCAUAUUCCCUGUCACCCUGAUUUUGUGGUCAUUCACAACUUUGCCUGCAGGUACCACUGAUGUGUCAACAAAGUUGCCCAUCCAACCAGCAUUUGCCAUCACAGGACACUCAGCUCAAGGCAAGACACUACCGAAUGUAAUUGUAGACUUGCAUGAAGGAGGAUUUGGUGCUUAUGUUGCUGCAUCACACACGUGUUCUAGACAAGGUCUGUGUAUCAUGCUUCCUGUCACUAUCGACCAGUUGAACAAGCCACUUCCCUAUGAUUUAUUGCAGGAAAUGAAGUGCCUGCACCAGUUGGAACAUAACACUUACAUUCGACAUGGUUUUGCUGAAGGUGCAUUGGUGAAUGUCAUUGAUCCUGAAUCUGAGCGCGAGCUGCCUCCCAAGAAACUGCAAGGUAAGUUUAUCGCACCAAAAGGAUCAUCACAGUGGAAGCUGUCCUGUGGCUUCUGA